UAAACACACUGAAGAAAAACACCUUAACGUCCAUCAGUUUAAAUGUGCUUUUUGAUUUUCUGUUUUGAAAUUAUUCAGUUUCAAGAGAAACGAACAAAAAUAUGAUGAUGAAGUCACAUGUGGAUGUAAUGUGCUGUAAAUCAGUGGGAACUGAUCUGUCCAUGCUGGAUAUUGAUGAUUUCAUCACAGAAAUCUGUCAGCUGAAGAAAGAGGUGAAGUUACUGGAGGAAAAGCUGAGGACAAGAGGAGAUGAACUCAACAAAGAGGAUGUGUCAAAGGUGUCCUCGAGUCAGUCUUCAGUGUGUGUGAGUGAUGGGAGCUCCACAGACUGUCUAGACUCAAUGUGCAUCAGCAGAGACCAGAGCACACCACAGCCACUGAUGGACAAAAUCUCUGAACAGAAAUCCAGACACACACAGGACCCAGAGCUCAGCCUCACUUUACUCUGUUAUACUGACACAAACCCCACAGACGCUCAGGACACUGUGUGUGACCGUAAUCACACCUUGAAUCAGGAUGAAUCUACUGAUCAAACCUCCACAGAGUCUCGGUCUGAUUCUCUCUGUAAUGCUGGACAACAGCAGACGAUGACACUGAAAUUGUGUUCAGUCAAACUGAUUGACUGCAAGAAAAUGAUGGAGAUAAGAAAAGAAACCACAACAGACGAGCAGCACACUGAUGAAGAUGAAAAUUAUGAUGAUGGUGAUUUCGUUCCUUCAGAUGAGAACAGUGAUUCGUGUUGUGAUGGAGAAAGGGUGUUCACAUCAAAACAGCGACAGACAGCGCAAACUCUUUCCUGCAGCACCUGUGGAAAGACAUUGAGUUCACAGAGACAUUUAGCCAGACAUGAGAGAAAACACACCGAACAGAAACUCUUCAAAUGCAUGAGAUGUAAGAUCCGCUUUCCUACCUUACAAGAGCGAAAACGUCACUCACAAGAGCACGGCAAAAGGUAUCAUUGUGAGCAGUGUAGAAGGAGUUUUGCCUUCCCGUCUGCUCUAAAGAUUCAUUUAAAGACCCACAAUGGUGAGAAGCCUUUCCCCUGCACUGACUGCGGCAAGAAUUUCAUAUCCAAAACAACUCUGCUUUGUCAUAAGAGAAUUCACACAGGGGAAAAACCAUACGAGUGUCCUCACUGUUACAAGAGAUUCAACCACGGAUCCCAUCUGAAGAAACACGUGUCUGUGCACACGGAUGAGAGGCCGUAUCAGUGCAGUGAAUGUGGAAAAACCUUUAAGCACACAAGUGGUCUUAAACAGCACCAGACAACACAUAUUGUGGAGAAACUCUAUCACUGUUCGCACUGCGAGAAACAUUUUCCUCGUAAAUCUUCUCUGAUAUGCCACGAGAGAAUUCACACUGGAGAGAAACCCUUCUUGUGCUCUCACUGUGGAAAGACCUUCACUGAUUCAAGUACUUUGAAAGUUCACAGGAGAGUUCACACUGGAGAAAAGCCUCAUCGCUGCAGAGUUUGUGGGAUGAGUUUCUCUAAACAUUAUAACUUAAUGAAACACCAGACCAUUCAUACAGGAGACAGACUUUACAAAUGUUCUCAGUGCGACAAGACGUUUGCUCGAUCAGACGGCCUAAAAACCCACGAGAGAGUUCAUACCGGAGAGAAACCUUAUCACUGCUCCAUCUGCGGCGAGAGAUUCACUUAUUUAGGAAGUUUUUACGCGCAUCAGAAGAAACAUGCUGAAGAACAGACUGCACUGACAUCAGCAUCGUAGCGUCUUACCAUUCGCUAUACAUCAUUUUAGUUCUUCUCUAAUAUUCAUGUGAUCUUGACAUGAUCAGUUUACAUUCACAUUUAGUCACUUAACAGACAUACAAAGUAGGAGUCGUUCAUGCAAAGUCUUGAAUUACCAAUCAUUAUGAUGUACAAAUUCUGGGCGGAAACAGACAAUUUGGAAGCAAUUGGGUAAACCAUAUUUUAAGUAGUGGUGGGCCGUUAACGGCGUUAACGCAGUGAGACUAUUAUCGCGCGUUAAAAAAAAUGUCGCCGUUAAUCUAUUCUCAAAGUUGGGUUGGGAGAUGGGUCUAUACUACGCAAGCUAUGAUGACUUUCACCUUGAUAUUUUAGCGCGGAUGUAUACCAUCUUAACUGCACUGUACGGGGCGAGAACGAGAUUUUUCAACUCGCGUCAUUCGCGGAAGCAGAAGCCGGCUCAUCAUCUCAUAACCAGGGCUUCAUUCGCGCGAUUCGCGCAGCAAGUAGGUCUAUAGGCUCUUUUCAUUAACAUAUAAAUCACUCGCCUUUGACACGCCAUUCGCGUUUGGUCUGAACACAACAUAACGUUACUGUGAAAUUACCGCAUCAAACGUGACGUGCUAACAUGGAUGCAGCUAUGAAGCCGCCGGGUUUGCUUCAGGGAAUAUUAAUUUUUAAGAAGCUUCCCAAUAGAAACAUCGACAAGACUAAGGUUGUUUGCACCUUGUGCAAUGCGGAAUUGGUUUAAAAAAAACACUUUCUCUCAAAGGGGAAGUGGUCUAGCUUUAGUUGAAACCAGUAACUUUGUAUUGAGAUCUAAUGUAUUAUGGCUCCUGUAUGACAGGUCGCUUGUUGCUCCCUCACUCUUUGUAAGUCGCUUUGGAUAAAAGCGUCUGCUAAAUGACUAAUGUAAAUGUACUGUAGGAGCUCUUCCAGUCUCAAGUACCACCUAAACGGAAAUCAUCCCUUAGCUAAUGCGGAAGUAAACACACGUUCAUCUUAUUGAACAUAAUUUAAUUUUGAUCACCAAUUAUCAUAGUAGUACAGCUUUCUCAAGCAGUUUGUGAUGCAUUUUGGAAACAGGAGAUGAGCCCCUGGUCUAAUGCGCCACCUGGCUUGAGAAACCCGUUCUCAAAGACUUACUUUUAGUCAUUAUUUGGGUAGCACACAUAUUCUGAAUGCCUUCGGCAGAAUUCAAAUGAGCCAUUUUAAUCUAGAUUAAUCUAGAUUAAUUUUGGAAUUAAUCUAGAUUAAUCUAGAUUAAAAAAAUUAAUCUAUGCCCACCACUAAUUUUAAGAUGAUUUUUUUUAACUUUUUUAAAUAGUUUUUUGUUUGUUGUUACUGACAUUCUUCCAAAUAUAUUUCUUUGCGUAUAAUAUAUUACGCAUCCCUCCAAAUAUUUCACUAAAACACUGGAGCACAAGUUUGUCUUUGUCUCACUAUGAUACACAAAUAAAGAGAUGUAGAAUUCACGUCCUUAUGUCAUUUAUUAUUAACUUAUUAAAUGCAUGAUGAACAAAAAUGAUCAUGCAGGAUACUGUUCAUUCAUAAAAAGUGAACAUGUUUUGUAAUGUACGGUCACAGUCAUUAAAUGUCAUGUCCUCGCUUUGACUUCGGAGUACUGUGAAAACGAAUACCAUAAACAAACGAACAUGUGUAGAGGAAUGUUGC